CUGGGAAAGGGGCGUGGCCAUUGGAGGGAUGCAGGAGUGGGCGGGGCCGUUCUGUCAGAACCGAACUCAGAGCUCAGAACUCUCAAACCCGAACUGCACACAGCCUUCAGCGAACUAUACUAACUACAUUAACUUUACACAGCCUAAAAUGCCUCUCCCACACCUCACCCUACCCAGCCUCCCCCUACCCAACUUCACCUUACCCAACCUCACCUUACCGAACCUCCCGAGUGUUCCUAAUGUUCUGCGUGUUCCGAGUCCUCGCGCGCUGUUCCUGGACUGCAGCAGUGUGUUGGAUCAUGGAGUUUGGAGUGGUGUGUGCGGUUGCUGCGGGGCUUUAAGGCCCCGCUAUAAGAGGCUGGUGGAUAACAUUUUUCCAGAAGAUCCAGAGGAUGGAUUGGUAAAGGCUAAUAUGGAAAAGCUGACAUUUUAUGCUCUAUCUGCUCCUGAGAAGUUGGACCGGAUCGGGGCUUAUCUGUCAGAGAGGCUCUCCAGAGAUGUGGCUCGCCACCGAUAUGGAUAUGUGUGCAUCGCAAUGGAGGCUUUGGAUCAGCUUCUGAUGGCUUGUCACUGCCAGAGCAUUAACCUGUUUGUGGAAAGCUUUCUCACCAUGGUGCGGAAACUCCUUGAGGCCGACAAACCCAACCUGCAGAUCCUGGGCACCAACUCUUUUGUGAAGUUUGCGAAUAUUGAAGAGGAUACGGCAUCGUAUCACCGGAGCUACGACUUCUUCAUCUCCCGGUUCAGUGAGAUGUGCCACUCAGGCUAUGAAGAUCCAGAUAUUCGCACCAAGAUUCGGAUGGCGGGGAUUCGGGGUCUGCAGGGUGUGGUGAGGAAGACGGUAAACGAUGAAUUGCAGGCAAACAUCUGGGAUCCUCAGCACAUGGACAAGAUAGUGCCAUCCCUCCUGUUUAAUCUACAGCAGGACCAGAUCCCAGACAGGUGUGCUGAGGGCGAUAAGGAUGGUACGGUGGAUCUAACAGAGAGGUGUCUGAGGGAGCUGCUGGGUCGGGCUGUUUAUGGAAACAUAAAGAAUGCAGUUAAACCCGUCCUGAUGCACCUGGAUAAUCAUUCUCUGUGGGAGGGGAAAAGCUUUGCUGUUCGCUGCUUUAAAAUCAUAAUGUACUCCAUUCAGUCCCAGCAUUCCCACCUGGUCAUCCAGCAGCUGCUCGGUCAUUUAGAUGCCAACAGUAAGAGCUCGGCGACGGUGCGAGGCGGGAUUGUGGAGGUGAUUUCUGAAGCAGCGGUGAUCGAGGCCAGCGGUUCAAUCGGGCCGACAGUGUUGGAAGUGUUUAACACUCUGCUGAAGCAGCUGCGUCUGAGUGUGGACUAUGAGCUGGGUGGUGGGUGCAGUGGCAGCGGUGGUGGCGGGGGGCUGCUCAGGGUACAGGAGGAGAGGCAGCUGCAGGAGUCGGUCAUCAGGACCGUGGGUUCGUUUGCCGGCACUCUGCCCACCUACCAGCGCUCAGAGGUCAUGCUCUUUAUCAUGGGCAAGAUUCCUGUCCCGGGCAUGUAUCCUACGCUGGGUUCCUCCAACUCAGGGUUUGAGGGCAGCAGGAUGAUCCAGAUUAUGCUUCUGAAAUCACUGCUGCAGGUGACGGUGGGUUUCCAGACGACGAAUAUGUUGACGGCUCUGCCGAGUUCGUUUCUGGAUCCUCUGCUGUCCUUCACGCUGAUGGAAGAUGCUGAGAUUCGUCUGCUGGUUCUGGAGAUCCUCAUCAGUCUCAUCGAUCGCCAUGAGAACCAGCUGAAGUUCUCUCUGAGAGUACUGACUGACAUUUCUGUGCUGAAGCUGAAAAUGGACAAGUGCUCACGACAAGAUAAUCUGUUCAUGAAGAAGCACUCUCAGAGACUGUACCGCCACGUCUACCUGGCCUGCAGAGAGGAGAACAGUGAACAGCAGCACUUCCAGUCCCUGUUCACUCUGCUGGGGCUCAUCUGUGUAGAACUCGCCAACGAGGAGGUGGUGGUGGACCUCAUCCGCCUCGCUCUAGCACUGCAGGAUCUGGCUGUAACUGAAGAGGCUCUUCCUGUGUUUAACCGCUGCGCUGUCCACGCUCUGUCAGCGGCAUAUUUAAACCUAAUCAGUCAGCUGACCACCGUGCCCACCUUCUGCCAGCAUGUGCACGAGGUGAUUGAAUUGAGGCAGAAAGAGUUUCCCUUCCUGCUGCCGGAGGGUGUCUUCGCUGAGGCUGAGAAGCUGCCAGAGAAGCUGGAGAAGGUGGAGAAGGUGGAGGGCGAGUUCCUGUUCUCCCAGUCUAAGAUAGCGGAGACACUGGGUGGGAGCGGCUAUAACUCUGACAGACUGGUCACUCCGUACAUUCCCCAGAUCACAGAAGAAGACAGACUCUCCAAAAGGAAGAGCAUCGUGGACACCAUCUCUCUACAGCUGGAUGUGGAGUCCAGACUCAGCCCAGAGAAAGAACAGAAAUCUCCAGCUGAGCAGAUCACAUUCGAAUCCCUUAAACAGGCCAUCGCAGACGGUGUGUGUGUGGAGGAGCAGGAGCGUGAGCGCAGGCGGCUGGUGGUGGAAAGGUUCCAGACGGCUCCGUUUGAGGAGAUCGCGGCUCACUGUGGGGCGCGGGCUUCACUGCUGCAGAACAAACUCAACCAAAUAUUUGAAAUCACGAUCAGGCCUCCCCCAAGUCCUUCUGGAUCCAUUGGGAAUGGGAGCGGGCCGAGCCGCUCAGUACCGGUGUAUGAGAUGAAGUUCCCAGACCUGUGUGUUUACUGAACCUGCAAAUACAGCUCCCUCAUGCCACAGCUGAUGAUCUAAGCCAUGUUUUUCCUGUGGGGUGAAAGUGACACCUCAUAUUUUAAUAAUUUAAGUGUAUUUUGUUGUGUUCCACGGGUUCCGUGGUUCAGGAGUUGUUUACUGGAGUCAGGCAGGUGAAUUUCCUGCACAUUUCUAAUUAAAUGUUUUUCAUGAGCUGCAAAAAAGUCGUACUCGGAAGCAAUAAUAUUUGGCCAAACCGCUCUCUGCUAAAGCAGAGGAUUCUGGUUUAUUAACAAUAAUAGGUUAAAUAAUAGCAGACACUGAUUUAAACCUAGUUGAUGUGUAAAACCAUGCACAUCCACCACUGUGUUAGAGCUGUGUAUUGGCAAGAACUUGGUGAGACUAUAUGUCACUAUACAGGGGUUACCAUUUAAUAAUUAAGACGAUAUUGUGAUUCUUUAAAUCAAAAAUUGAAAAAAUUUAAGUAUAAUAGCACACUAAUAUAUGUAUAAAGUCUAAAUAAAAGAAAAGUUUAUUCAUGUUGGUGUAUAAGGAAUGUUUACCUACAAAAGAAACUUAAUAGUAUUUUAAAGACUCAGCUCCCUCUGCAGCUCCAGCUCUGUGCAGAUCUCUGAUCUGUCCUCAAACACUGUCCUUUUUUAACUCAGUUAAACUCAGCUAAUCAACUUUAACCAGAUUUCAACACACAAGCAGCUACACAUCACACUUUACCUACUGAGUUAUCUAACCCAGUACACGCUGAUUCAGCUUCCAACAACAGAGCUUACAGUUUCAUUACACUGCUAAAAUACAGGAGUAUGAAUAAAGUAAAUACAAUUGGGAAAUAAGUAUUUGAUUCGCUGCUAAGAGUUCUGUAAUUGUAUUGUAGAUUCACUUCAACUGUAAAAGAGAUUGUAUGAUUUUUAAAUCAUAUAUUUGCAUUUUCUUGCAUGAAAUAAGUAUAUGCCCAUCAACCAGCAGCAAUUCUGUUUCUCAUAAAAUCUCUUCUUGUGGCGUAAUGAUGAAUCUGAGAAGGUCAGGAAUCAGCUCGGAACUAAAGGGAGUACCUGGUUAAUGACCUAAAGAGAGCUGGAAUCACAGUCUCCACUCGGCGCAUCCAGCAUGACAAUGACCCAAAAUACACAGUCAGGGCAACUAAGUAAUGGCUCUGUAAGAAGCAUUUCAAGGUCCUGGAGUGGCCUAGCCAGUCUCCAGACCUGAACCCAACAGAAAAUCUUUGGAGGGAGCUGAAACUCAAUGUUGCCCAGCAACAGCCCCGAAACCUGAAAGAUCUGGAGAAGAUCUAAAUAGAGGAGUCGGGGUAAACUUGGUCAAGAACAACAGAAAAUGUUUGUCACUGUAAUAACAAAAGGGUUUUAAAACCAAAAAUGUAUUUCUUUCUUUUGUGUCAAAUAGUUAUUUAUUGUAAUAAAAUAUUACUUAUUUAUUUUUUUACAAAAUCAUUCAAUGUUAUUUUCUGGAUUUUGGUUUUAAAUUGUGUCUCUCACCGUUGAAGUGUAGCUACAAUAAAAAUAAAAAUUACAGAUAUGUGCAUUUUAGUAGGUGUAAAAAAUCAGGAGUAACAAAUACUAAUAACAGAGCCGACAGUUUUAUUACACUGAUGAAGUAUAAAUAUACAUUAUAUUCUGGACAAAAGUCUCUCUCUUUCUGUCUCUCUCUCUCUCUCUAUGAAAAAAUUAUGAAAACAAAAUGUUAACUAUUUAUAACUAUUUGCAUAAUUUUGCCAAGUUCUUGUAAUUUCAAUCAAAACAAUGGAAUCUAACAACAUCACUGCUGUCUAGUAGUACCUGUCUGUUGACACCAAUCUUUACACGUAAACAAAUAAUUAAAAAUCGAUAAUUUUUUUGAAAAUAAAUACAAUAUUAUAAAACAAAAUAUUGCCAUACAAUCUAAUAUAUUAAUAUUUUUUUACACUACUGUGGUUUAUAUGCUACAAAUGCACUUUAGCAUGUUAUUGUGUGUUAAUGUAAUGUCUCUUACUGUUACAACAGCUUAAUGUUCUUAUUAUUUGUGUGCAUUACAGGUUUAUGCACUUUUCUAAUUGUAAACAUUGGGAUGUUGAUUCGAUUUUUGAAAAGUUCCUCUGUUUCUCUAUACAUCAGUGUAAAAUACUUCAUAUAGCUAAAUAGUCUGAUCCUUUUUUUAUUUGUUUAACGCUGUGUUUACCUGUACUGGUUACUGUUUCCAUAUGAGUCGCUUGCAUGGAGAUAAAGAAAAUCUAUUUUGCUGUUUUUUUUUUAUUUCUGCAUGGCCAGAGGCUUGUCUGUCUGUGUCUGAGUAACCUUUGUCAGAUCCUUAGAGGUUUAUUUGGCAAUGUAUAAUUCUUCUAGUCUGGUAAAAGCAUUGCUUGUCCAAAAACAAUUAUUUUACACCUGAUGAGAAUUAGAGAGAGUUAUAAACAGUAUAUUGAUUUAAAUAUAUGUUGUAAAAGAAUCAAUAAAAAGGAAUUUUGUGAAGUGA